AUGCCACUCAGUAAGGACUCAUUUAACAACGCAUCUACGUCCGUAGAGUUGUCAUGCGUUCCCGAGGAUACCACUGGCAUUGAGCGCAUCAUGCUUGCAGCUCAAGGUGACCUCCAGCGACUGAUGAGCACGUUCUUUGCUCGGCCCAUAUUUAUUGAGCUCGUGUACGCCAACGGCUCGCCACGGCUGAAACCGGCCUCGCCUGAGGAUCCCAUAACGCAGUCGCGGCAAGUACAUCUCGUGUGUGCUUCACGAAUCGUCUGCACCGCUACAUCCAAAGUCACCAUCACACACCCCGACUUCGAACGUCUAUUUCUAGACGAGAAAUUCCCCAUUGGCCAGACAUUCCGCAAAAUGCUUCGCAGCCCACAAUUUGCCCUCCUUGACGCCCAGACAAAUGUCGUCGGUGGCAAGCGGGAACUCCGCAGAACGUAUACGCUCGAGACAGAUGGUUUCCUAUGUGAGAUCCUCGAAGUAUGGCCUGACAGGGACAUGUUUGUUCGUGGAGAGGCAUGGCUCACUGAGAGCAAGCUUGAGCCCGAACAGACAUGUGUUGUGGAGAGUAAGGAAAGCAAGCCCUGGUGGCUUAGUACUGUCUCCAAGGGCAACACUCUCCCCUGGGGAUUCGAUUGCACGAAAGGUCUGGAACGUUCGCCGUUGGUGUACUAUCACGACAUUUGGUUUGUUUCGUUGUACCUGCUCCUUUUAUACCUCAUAUAG